AUGAGUACUUUAGAACAAUAUUUAAAAAUUAUUGGAUUAGAAUCCUAUAAAGAUUUAUUAACUGAAAAUGGAUAUGAUGAUCCAGAUUUAAUUUCAGAAUUGACAGAGGAUGAAUUGGUAGCAGUUGGUGUCAAGAGAGGACAUGCAAAAAGAGCAUUUGUAAAGAGUAGAGAGGUAGCUGCAGGUGGACCGAUAAAUACUUCGAAUACAUCGAAUUCUUCGAGUUCCAACACUACACCGACAACUUCAUCACCUCCACCUCCACAAACCAAAUCAAAGAUAUCGAUCGGAAAGAAGAAUGACGAUGACUCUGACUCUGACAGUGAAUCGACGCCAUCGAUGAUCUCCUACUCGGGUCCACCUCUCCAAUCGAAGGUUAUAUUCGAAGGAUUCCUUCAGAAGAAAGGUGAGGAAGGUUUCUUUGGUAGUAAAGUUUGGAAGAAGCGUUACUUUAGAAUCUACGAAGAGGGAAGAAUGGCUUACUUCAAGAGUAACACUGAUGUUUCGCCAAUCAAGAUCAUCGAGUUGCGUGGUGCUCUCGGUUGUGAGGAUAUGGAAGGAAAACAGUAUGCCUUUAAGAUUUCAAUGAAAACAAGUGCACGUGUCUACUAUCUAGUUGCACAAUCGUUGGUCGACAAACAAAGAUGUAUGGACGCUGCCAAGAAAUUGAUUAUUCCACCAGUCGUUCCAGUCAAGAUCGAUCCAAAUGCCAUUCGUCCAUACCUCCAACACACUCAAGAACCCUCGCAAUGCAAAUCCUCACGUUUCGACGCUCCAUCCAGUUGGGAAGUUUUGGAGAAACCAGCUGCCGAAGGAGAUAUUCGUCUUAAUAUUCAUAGUUCAGGUCAGGUUUUCAUUGAGGAGACACGUACCAUCAACUUGGACGACAAUGGAAUGGUGUGGAUUCACGAUCUUCCAAAAUCACUCGAUGAAAGAACUGUCCAUUAUCAAUCGAUUACCGAUCCAGAGUCUUUUGUUCUUGAACAAACCUAUCACAACGAUGCCAAGACACCAGAGAGAAUGUUGGACAAACUCAUUGGUAAAGAAAUCGAAGUGAGCAUCCCACGUGACGAUCAUUUCGAUGAGCCAAUCAAGAUGAAGGGUGUCGUUAUCUAUAAUCCGAAAGAAAAGACCUAUGCUCUCCAAAACAAAGAAACCAACACUGUACAUUUCCUAUCGAGUGGUGAAGUUAUCUCAUUCAACUUACUAAAGACCGAAUUGGAGCCAAUCUUUAGAGAAUCCUCUUUGGAAUGGAUGGUAAAAUCGGCAGAGAAACAACAACUCAUCCGUUUGUCAUACAAUGCCAAGGAUCUAUUCAAGUGGCAUGCCAACUACGUCGGUGUACUCGAUCCACGUGAAAAGGAACUCGAACUCAGAGGAUGGUUCACCAUCAAGAACAAGUCUGGAAAGGACUAUUUGAAUUCCAAUGUAAUUUUAAUUCGUGAGCCAGAGGACAAGAAGAAAGAAGAAAAGAAAGAGGAGCCAGCUUCCAGCUUACCAGUUCCAUUACCAAGCGUUGGUGGUUUCAAGCUUGGAAAGUUGCCAAUCUCAGGUUUGUUGGGUGGUGGCGCUACCAAGCCAGUCGAGCCAGAGAAGCGUACCUACAGCUACACCAUCGACCACAAGACCAACUUGAAGAAUUUGGAAUCCAAACAGAUUUGUUUCCUCUCCAAGAAACUUCCAGUAAAGAGUAUAGAUACAAUCAGAUUCGACACACCCAAAUACACUAAAUACGCCUCAGUCAACAAGGACCACGGAACCGACGCCAAAACUGGAAUUGUCGAUUCAUCGAUUAUCUUUACUUGGAAUCAUCCAUAUUCGAUUCCGGGUGGUGAGAUGAAACUUCAACGUAAACACAAAGAUCAAUUCGGUUCAGACAUUCUCAACGUUUUCGAUAUGCAACACUACAAUCCAUCGGAUAUCAUCAGCAUUCCAAUGCAACCACUCGGAAAGGUCUCCUCUACACGUACACAAACUGGAUUCAACUUUGACCUUGACAAUCUCUAUUUAGUAGAGACAUUUGAAAUCAAGGUAAUGAAUGGUCGUGAGGAACCAGUUAGAGUGAUCAUCGAGGAGAACCUCUACCGUUGGGAAUACUUUGAAAUUUCAUACUCUGAGCCAAAAUCUCAACCACAUCCAACACACAAGAGAAAAAUUCAAUGGGUACUCGAAAUUCCACCUUUGGAUGGUAAGACAAUUAAUUACUCUGUCUUUUACUGUGGUUUAGGACUUCCAGAUUCAAUGUUAAAGAAACCAGAAGUUAAAAAAUAA